AUGGAGGAAGUCGACUUGGUCGUGGUAGGAGCCGGCUGGUAUGGCCUCGCGGCUGCAAAGGCAUAUAUUGAGCUACACCCAAAUGAUGAGAUUGUCGUGCUCGAAGGCAGCCCCAGCAUCGGUGGCGUCUGGAGUUAUGAGCGCCUGUACCCUGGUCUCAAGUCCAACAACAUGCUCGGUACAUACGAGUACAGUGACUUUCCUAUGGACACUGCGACCUUCGGUGUCCAACCGGGCGAGCACAUCCCAGGCACUGUAAUGCACAAGUACUUGACGUCCUUUUCGAAAGAGUUCGGCAUUUACCCUCGCACGCGCUUGAACACACGUGUGGAGUCUGCCGAAGAGGAUCUCAAGACCGGAAACUGGACACUCAAGACACGCAACACUUUAUCUGGUGAAGAAGCGCCUCUGCAUACGAAGAAGUUGAUCGUCGCCACUGGACUGACUUCUGAGCCUCACAUUCCCCAGUUCAAGGGUGAGGCAGACUUCAACGCUCCCAUCUUCCACUCCAAGGAAUUCCGUGAACAAGCCGAUACUCUCACAACGACUCGUAAUAUCGCAGUUUUGGGAGGUGGAAAGAGCAUGUGGGAUGCCUCAUAUGCUUAUGCUAGCGCUGGGGUGUCAGUCGACAUGAUCGUCCGCAAGAGUGGACGUGGCCCGGUCUGGAUGGCACCACCGUACGUGACGCCACUCAAGAAGUGGUUGGAGAAGCUUGUCCACACACGAUUCUUAACAUGGCUAAGCCCUUGCAUCUGGGGCGAUGAAGAUGGUUAUGGCGGCAUCCGGCGCUUCCUCCACGGUACCUGGCUUGGACGCAAGAUUGUGGACGCAUUUUGGGGCAUCCUCGGUAGCGACGCAAUUGACCUCAUGGGGUUCAGCAAGCACCCCGAAACCAAGAAAUUGACUCCCUGGCAUUCAGCUCUAUGGAUCGGGAGCGGUCUCAGCAUUCGCAACUUCCCCACGGACUUCUUCGAAUACAUUCGCAACGGCCAAGUCCGCGUCCACGUGGCAGACAUCUCACACUUAUCUGAGAAAACCAUACACCUCUCAGAUGGCGAAUCCAUCAAAGCCGAUGCCCUUUUCUGCGCAACAGGAUGGAAAUCGCGUCCACCCAUCAACUUCCUGCCUUCAGGGCGCCUCUCCGAGCUCGGUGUACCACAUUACUCCGCAAAGCCCGAUCCGCUUGUCACAGAAGCCGACUCGCUCAUUCUCAGCACAUUCCCGCGUCUGCAAGACCAGCCGAACGUGCCCAAGUCUGUCCGCAGCGAGACGGAUAGCGAGACGCCCAACCAGCCAUUCCAACUCUACCGUUUCAUCGCCCCUCCAGCCACGCUGGCAAAGCGCAACAUCGCCUUCGCAGGCAUGAUCUCGACAAUCAGCACAUCGAUCUGCGCUCAAGCACAGGCGCUCUGGAUCUCGGCGUAUUUCGAUGGCAAGCUGGAACGCGUCCCGACUGCUGAGCAGGCACGUUGGGUUACGACACUGCACGCCAGAUUUGGGCGCUGGAGGUAUCCCUGUGGAUACGGAGCGCGGCUGCCGGACUUUGUGUUCGAUGCUGUGCCAUAUCUGGAUAUGCUUCUCAAAGACGUUGGGCUGGAGGGUCAUAGGAAGAGCGGUAGAAUUGCGGAGUGGACCGAGCCGUAUGGGCCGGAGGAUUACACGGGCUUGACUGGGGAGUGGGCGCAAAAGCAUGGAGGCGAAAAGAAAGACGUCUAA